AACGAGAGACCGCCGUCGUCGUCGUCAUUCAUUCUCCCAGUGUAGGGGUUGUUUGGUUUGCAUUCGUAAGAAAAGAACCAAAAAUGAAGAUUUUCGAGUCCGUACACUACAUUCGGGUGAGUAGUUUCGUAAAAAUAUUGAUAGAAUAUUUUUGGUUUCCCGUUCCUCCCACUAGCGCCUUCAAUCACUUCGUCAGUUUUUUGAGAGUCUUCAGCUUCCACGGGAUCCGUAGCAAUUCAUGUUCUUGAAGUGGCUUGAAAGAUAAAAACACUUACUUUUCGUUACAUGAUAAUUGUCUAUUUCUCGGUUGGCACGCGAAAAAUAAUUAAAUAUCAAAAGUAAUUAACUGAAAAAAUUUGUAACACGGCUAAAUAAAGUCUUGUUUCAAGAGUAAAAAAAAAACGACAAAGCAAAAUUUUAAAAUAUGUUCCAAAUUAUGGCCAUUAUGGGUUGUUGUAUUUCAGCAUAUAUUUAAUAGAUUAUAUUAGAUUAUGAGUGGAAAGAGGAAUGUAUUGGUUUUACAUUGAUGUUUAUUUUAAUUUUGUUUUAAUGUAAACACUUUUUCUACCAGAAAGCAUACUUCAGUUAUCAAGUAUAGCACCUUUUCCAAAAGGAAAUUUUCUCUGGGUGGUACUUUAAAGAGGUAAUUUUUGAAAUUCUCAUUAAAAUUCGAGAUAAUGAGGAAAACCUCGGUCUUAAGGUUAAAAAAGAAUGAAAGUUUAAAAAUAAGGUUGUCAUUGGCAACCGUUUUUAUUAUUUAUUUGUUAUAUUUAAGUUUUAAUUAUUUUAAUCUUUUUUAAACAAUCAUUGUUAUAAUCAUUGUAACAUAAUAUGAUAUAUACCAUAGAUUGUAUUGUUGACAAAGCAACAUUAUUAAUUGAACUCGGCCCAGAAUCGUUUUUAUUGAUAGCAAUGGUUUAUCGUUGAUAAUACAUUCAAUUUCUAUCUGUAGCCCAACUUCCCAACUUCCCACCUAUAACAGUGGUUGCACCCACGUGCGAAGUAUGUCCAUCCUUUUGUUUUUUUAGUUCUUCGCUAUUUUAGUUUACAACAUUUUCUGAAGUUUGAUUGAAAAUGAAAUUGUAUAAUUUAAGAGUAAAAUAAUUUACUUUUUCAUAGAUUUUUAAAACAAAAAUCUAAUAAAUUUGUUAUUUAUCAAUAAUUAAUUUGUAAAUAUUAAAAUGUAAUUACCUAGUUUAACAAAUACCAACAAGUUAAAAUUUCGCUUGGACAUUUUUUACAGGACAGCGGUGAUUUACAAAAUAAUGUUUUGUAGCUACUAUUGUGGUUUUAAAAAAGAAAAAAAAAAUCACGUUUCGCACGUUCAAUUGUCAGCUCAAUAGUUUUGAUGUUCCGUUUUAAUUUAAAAUCUCUUCGAAGGUGUCCUUUUAUUUUCCAAUUGAAGCGAACGCGUUUCCGAAUGAAUUUUACUAUAACUCAUUAUCUAUUCGUGAUGUAUUCGUGACCGCUUGUAAAUAUUCUGUUUUAACCGAAAUACUCGUUUACUUAUAAUAUUUUUCUAUUAAUAAAAUUGUUUUUUCUUUCUUUUUUGUUUAUUAACCACUGUAGCUGAAAGUCUACCGGCACCGACGGCGGGCAGUCUGUUUUGGCUGUGCUGCUGUAACAUUGGCGCUGCUUCUGAUGAUGAAAUGCGAGAUAGGCAUGCGGUUCGUCAGCGAAAUGGAGAAUACCGAGCCGCAGGACAUCUGGGAAUACGUGUCCGAUUUUUCCAGAAUGAUGGACCUUAACCCGACCAUGUGAGUUGAAACGCAUAUAUUUUGUCAUAAAUGAAUUGUACGCUAAAAUAAGUAGAUAUGGGUGCAUAUUAUAAUAUAUUUUUAGUUUCAAGAAAGAAGGGCUUAGAUACAUUUUGUACAGUUUUCAAUAAAAGCAAGUUACAUUUAUAAAUGAUUAAAUGACAAUGCUGUUAUAUUUUUAAUGGCCUAACCUAAAAAAGGCAUUCUAAAUGAUUUUAAUCAUACACCUUUUGAAUUAUAUGGUUUAUGCACCUUUGUUGAACAGAAAGGACAUCAUAGGAACUUUUAAGGUAUACUUUCAGAAUAUCACUUAUAAGAAAUUUAGAGUAAAAAUUACAUAAAAAAUGGACCUAAGUCAUUCUUCCCUGGGACCAAAGAUAUAGUUGUCGUGACGGGAUACCAACGAUUAUCUGUGAUACCAUUAUUUUCAUACAAACGAAAAGUCUUUUUAAAGUGGUUUUGGAGAGUUGAAAGCCUAUAAAGAAAUAUUUAUAAUUAAAAAUUGGGAAUGUAUUUUUUUUUUCUAAACAAUUAUAUUAUUAGGUAUAAUUUUAUACCUAAACAAAAUAUUAUCGAUUUAAUAAAAAAAUAAAAAAUACUAUUUAGUUGGAUAACUUUGAUGAAUAAUAAUACACGUGUUGAAUUUUAAGAGUGAUAUUAAUUGUUAUUUUUGGUUCAUUGCGUGAACAUGUUUUGAUAGAAUUUUAUAAUUACAUAAUAAUAAUAAUACUAUGAUAAUAAUUGCGAUAAUGACAUUGGACUGCUCGUUAUCAAUGUCGAAAAACGAUGAUAAUAAUAUCUGAAAUAAUUAAUAUUUUCGAAAAGAAAUCUGCAUCGUUUCCGUUCCGUUUCUAUAAAUACAAAUAUAUAUAUAUAUAUAUGUAUAUAUGAUGGUUAAAACUAAUGCUGUAUCAAUAUUUUUAAUCGACAAUUUUUAAUCAAUAAUGUUUGCCAACAUUGAAAAUGUACAGUGUUCAAGCGGCGUUGAAAAUUAAAAUACAGAAAAAAAACGUGUUGUCUUUUCCUUUUUUUUUUUUUUAAAAUCUUUUAAUUAAUGCGAUUUGUUUUCGUUUAAUACUGCAACUGUUGAACUCUUUUUUAAACAAUAAUAAUAAUUAAAAAUGGUGGGCGUUCGAUAAGAUAAUUUUGUAUUUGUGGGUGUAGUUGUGUGAAUUAUUUUAAUAAACGCGCUUUAUUGAUAAAAUUUCGGGCGAAUGGCGAUGACGAUUGAAUAUAAAUAUCCGUCAAGCAAAAUAUUUUGUAUACGUUUCGGCUAAGUAGCGUAUUAAGGAUAUUUUAUCAAUGGUUGUGUAGGGAGUUUUAUUAAAAUUCGUUCGGAAACCCGUAAGCAUUUUCAAGAUUAGGUUUUUAUACUAAUACAUAGUACGGUGAUGCAUUUUGGUUAUUAAAACUACAAUAAAUAUAGAAAUUAAUUAUUGGCCCGGCUAUCAUGAACAAUAAAAACAAACAUUUUCUUUUACUUCUCCUUUGUCUUUUUUUUCUUUAACUAUUCGUGGUUAGAGUCAGACACACUAUUGGUUCCGAAUGCCCACCAGACAUGAAUCUGACGUUUGCAGCAUCUUUGAACUCCUUGUACCGGUAUUGUAUUAUCAUUACUCUCAAUCGUGUAUAUAAUCAUGUACACGUUUUGAUCUUCCCCAACUCCUCUUGCGUUAACGUUAACGAAUUAUAAAAACUCUUGCUAACUUCACAGACUUAUCGACAAAUACAGUGGACGCCGCUUAUAAGACUCACGGAUGCACGGUUCAGUCACUUAUUAAAUUCAAAAUCACUUGGAACGGUCCGGUCAUUCCCAAUAUGUUCUAUCUUAACUCCACUUCGCCUCUAAAGUUCAUUUGAUUAUAAGAGUCCUUUGGGCUGUUCUAAAAAGUGAGUUUUAUAAGCAGCGUCCACUGUAUUACGUAUACGAAUCGUUUCAGACACUAAAAUUAUUCGUCUGUAUAGAAGUGAUUUUUUAUCAUGAACCAACAAUUAUUUCGGAGAAUUUUAAGUGAAUUUGAUUUCUGGUUUUUUGAAUUGUUGCGGGAUCGUUUAAGAUUUAUUUUAAAAUCAUUUUUAGUUUGUAUUCUUACUCCGUAUACCUUAAAUAAGUAUAUACUUCUGAAUCCACUUUUGGACACAGAUUCGAAUGGAAAAUAUUUUUUAGUCAUUUUGGUACACACAGCACUAAUAUCAGGUUUAAUGUUUAUGAGUUUAGAGAAGAGGAUCAGUGAAGAUUUAUCAAUUAAUCAUUUAAAAAUCGAUACGCAAUUUGUGACAAGCAAUUAUUGCUUAAACAAUUCCACAAUGAUAAAAUAAAACAAAAACCAAAUUUACUUAAAAUCCGAGAUAAUUGGGGGUUCAUGGUAAAAAAAAAAAAAUUAAAAAUCACCCUGUAUACUGAGACAAUAAUGAUAUUUCAUCGGACGACGGUAAUAUAUUUUAGCUAUUUUCAUUUAAUUCAAAAAGUUGUCAUUUGAAAUGUUAGAAACGUAGUUGACAGGCUCGACGAUUUUCGUUAUAAAAUUUUACAAACAUUGGAUGUUUAAAAGCAUUGAAUCCAAUAAUCAGUAGGUAUAUACAUUGGAAAAAAAUGGGAAAUCGUAAUAAUAAUAUAAUGACAUCCGCAUAAUGGAUAAACGUUGUAAUUCUUUAGUUUUAUGACAGUUGUCGUAGUUUUUCGUAUAAUAUAUUAAUUAGCCACAGCAAUAACUACACUUUCCACGGUAAUACAAUUAUUCUCAGUAACGGUUGACUGUUUUUUCCUAUUAUAGCCGUCAUCACUCGGUUAAGAAAUCAGAAAUAAGCCAGUAUCGGGUAUAAAAUAUAAUACAAAUUAAAAUAAUAACUGUCCACAAAACUGUAAUAUGGAAAUCUAAGAUUUAUAGGUUGGAUAUUGGGUUAGUUUAGAUAGUACACGGUAAACAUAUUUUAAAUGCGAUUUCAGACUUAAAAUACUCACAAGGCCUUAUUAAGGAGGAAGUGAGUGUGCAGGGCCCAGGUCCUGAGCCCCACGCCUUUUACUUAUAUCUGGGGCUUUGCGUUCAAAAAAAAAAUGUCGAAAAAUAUUUCAAAUUUAACCCUGGGCAUCACAAAACCUAAAGACAAGUCUUAUUAUAUGAAAUUAAUAGAUUAAAAAAUAUUUUUUAAAGACACGGGGCCGUUUGUGCAUUUAUUUGAUAUUUUCGAAAUUACAAAUUUUGAUUUUUUUUUUUUUUUAUCAAAAAUUAUACGAAACCCUUUAGACACUGAGCGUGUGAAGUCCAAUUAAGACUUCUGUGGUGUAGGUAUUUAAUAUGUUAUGUAUGAAUAAAACCUCCAUAAAACGGCAAUAAUCUUAAACUUUACGGGCAGUAAUAAGAUUAAAACGGCGGCGGUCGGUUAUCAGCUGAUGAGAAAUGAGAACGAAUUAAAUGUGACACGUCGGACGUAUAUAAAAUAUAUCAUUUUAAACACAAACAAAUUGACAAAUCGAAAGUAUAAAAUAAAGUCAUAUUUUUUUUGUCCUUUAUAAAGCCCCUCAAAAAAGUUUUCGCGAUUAUAAAUUGUCGGCCGUAUUUCGUUUUCUCCCCUCGUCUAAAGUCAACUGUAUAUAUAGUAGACGUACUUAUAUAAUAAUAAAAUGUUGCACCGCGACUGCAAACGAUAAGUAUAUUGUUGGUGUUUUUUGUGAUUUUGCCGAAAUAUACUCGAAUAAUUGGUCCGCCGAGUCAUGAAAAAGUUUAAAUUAAACAUUACCGCGCACCUAUUUAUAUUUUUCAUUUUAAAACUUCACGCCUGACGUUCAAUUGCGGUAAAUCAUACAUAUUAUAUAUAUUUUAUUUUACUCAAUUUAGCGUAACUAUUAUCGGUUGAAAUUAUUGCACUUAUAAUAAUCAAAAUAAUAAUAUAUAAAAAAAAACACUCGUGAGCAGCAGAGCUCUGUUACUGAAAUCGAAUUUUCGCUUAUGCCUAUUGUGUAUAGUAGAAAACAGAAAUACCUACUCUUUGCAAAAUAAUAAAUAACCAGUAACGUGGUUAUGGGGGAGGGGGGAAUGUUCCUUUAAUCUGAAAGUCUUUUUUAUUUUAAAUAAUGUACCUCAAAGUAUACAUAUCCGUAAUGGUAUCUAUGGUACGGUUAAUAGUGGUCGCAUCUCAAAAGUGUUAGAACCAUACAACGUAUAGUUUUCAAAUUUUACAAAGUACGAAUAAAUUCACUAAUAGUAGGUAACAAGUUUAAAAACUAUUGGAUAAUUUAAUUUAUAUAUUAAAAUCGUUGCAAUCGAAUAUAGACUCUCAUCAGAGUAGUAUUAGAACUAUAUGCACCCGUAAUAAUAUAUAUUUUGUCGUAUAAAUCGUUUUUGGUACCAUCAGGGGCAACAAUUAUAAAUUAUAUUCAACUAAUAGUUUCUUCGCUACACUCAGAAUUUAAAACAUAGAUCUUAUGAUGGAUAUGGGGAACUCUCGAACAAUAUUCACUUCCUCUCCCCACAACAAUAUUAUUACUAUGCAACUAUAAAUGACCGAAUACUAUACUAUAGUCUAUAUUACAGUUAUAUUACUUCCAAAACAUGGUAAAAUAGUCUUUAUUCUAGGGGGAAAAUUCGACAAAAACGUUUAAAUAAGCGAAAAAAUAAUUUGCAAAAUUGUAAUUCUUCUAUGCGAAAGAAGAGGUACUAGUAGAUAUCCAAAACGAAUACCUAUGAGUUGGGUAUUUCUACUAUAGCGACUAGCUGAAAGUUUAGGUAAAAUAAUUUAAUGACGAAUUUUUGUUCUUUUGAAAUAUUCUCUUCCGCGUCAUUUUUUCUCUUCUUUUCCCGAGAAUUAUCAACAUAAUUUCGAAUCAAGAGUGUUGUUAUUUCGUAUAUUGGAGACAGACCAGUGUCAACUUUUUAUUUUUCGAUGGGUAAUUACAGGCAUACAACGUUAUACCUUAUGUGUGUUAUUAUAAUGUUCUUAUUAAAAACACAAACACAAAAAAAAAAAAAAUGGUUUUUCGUGGUAUACGUUUAAUAUUUCUCUUAAAAAAAAACGUCUCAACAGAAAUAACAAAAAAAGGCGCGAGAUAAAACAUGAGAGUUGUUUGUAAUUUUCAAAAUUAGUUUAAUAAUUUGUGUUAGGAUAAUAUUAUUGUUUUAGAAUUUCGUUUAAUACUUUGCGCGAACAUCAUAUAUGAGACGUAUCGAAUUUCAUAAGUGAAUUACAGAAAUACAAAUUGGAUAAUCUAUACAAGUAUUGUGUCACAUCUCAAAAAUGUAGAAUGUAUGUAGGGUAAUUGAGUUUUAUAAUGUAUGUAACAUUCAAUCAUUGCAAUCGAAAACAGAUUUUCAGAUUUAUCCGCUUGUUGUCAACGUAACCUAGAACUGUAGAAAAUGAUUUUGAUAUAUUUUUAAAAUAAAGUACCAUUGGCUGUAAAUCCUGAAUAUUUAAAGUAUCUACUAAGUGAAAAAAUUUGAGUACUAUUUACUAGCCGAAUAAGUGUUUUCGAGAAAAAUAAAAACACAUCUUAGCUAAACUAUGAUGGGUCUUGUCUACACUCAGAAUCGAAUACACUUUCAUUAUGGUAUAGUAAAAAGAAAAUUAUUAAUUUUAAAAAAAAUCAGAUAUGUUAAAGUUUAACAUAAAUAACAAAGGUUAUGACAAUUUUUAUGUUAUCAGUUUCCUUUAAAUAUUUUCUUAUCCCAAAAAAUUGAAUUAUUUUAACUUUUAAGCGUUUGAUAUAUCGUCAAAUAUUUAAUUAUAUCGUAAUUAUUGCAUGAGAUUGAUUAUUGUAAACAAUAAAAGCUUUACAGUGGAAACCUUUUAAAAUUAUAAAAAUUGCAAACAUCAUUAAAUCAGGAAUAAUUGUAAAUGAUUUUGAAGAGAAAAAAAUAUCGCUUCACACGACAUAAGUGACGCUUUUGAUCUUUUAUUAGAUACGGACGGUACCAGAGCUGUUAGACAUAAAAACGUGAUAUUUUUGUUUUUUUAAUAUACACAAUAUUAACAGAAAAUACGCAGGCGUUCUCUACCAGAUGGCGUUACGAUGUUGUUUUAAAAUGAAUCGUCGAUGUUUAUAAUAAUAUUAUUUGUCAGAUUAGUUAUUAACGUAUGUAUAGUAUUUAACAAAUCGAGUGUGUACAAUUUGUCUGUUUUUAAAAACCGGUUUCGGUAAAAAAUAAUUUAUUUUAAUUUUUAAUAAGUAUUUUGACAAGUUCGAAUAGAGAAAAUCCUAUAUAAUAUGACCAGUCCAAGAUGGACAUUCUAAAAAAAAAACAAAAAAAAAAAAACAAAAACAUUGUAUAAAAAGUAGAUAAGAAUUGUUCUAAAAAUUGAAUUUCACGCGUAAUUUUGUUUUCUGCAACGGACAACUUAUGAUAAACGGACGUAUAGUUAUAAAAUACAAUAUGCUUGUACGAUAUUCUACGUUGUAUCGUAAAAAAUCAAAUCAUUCAUCGAUUCGAUCUCAGAUAAAGGAUUUAAUUAUAAAUAAAAGUAAAAAAAUUCGUAAGUACGAUCGGAGAAUGAAUAUUUCCAAUCCCAUAGUAAAAAUUGUCAUAAAUCAUUUUUUACAAAUAUUUAAGAGAACAAAAUUAAAUUAAUUCUACUUUAACUUUUACAUUUUUUAAGUUUUAGAUUUUGAGUGAAACGAGUAAUGUAUUGGUUUUACAAUGAUAUAUAUAUAUAUAUUUUUUUUAACAAAAAACGUAACAACUUUGAACAACUUUUCUACCGGAAAUUUUGCUCCGAUUUCAAUGAUAAUAUUUUUUCUGAAAAAAAAAAUUCGACUGGCGUGGUACUUUAGGGAAGUCAUUUUUUAAUUUUCCCAGAAUUUUUUUCAACAACUGGGAAAAAUUGGGAAAGAAACAUGGGGAAAUUGGGAAAAACGUAAGAAAAGCGGGAAAAUAGGUACAAUAUUAAACAAAUAUUUUUAAAGAAAAUGUAUAAUGCAUAAUGCAUAUGUAAUUUUUUUAUCAUAAUAUGACAUAUAUAUUGUUGAAAAAUCAACACUAUUAACCUUUGCGUUUAAAUAUACAUUAAAUUUACCCUCUACCUUCCCAACUUUUCACCUACAAUAGUGGCCUACCUACAUGUGAAUUAAGUUGGACUUUUUUAAAACUAUUGUAGUAAUAUUCUUCAUAUUUCUUCAUUAAUACUUUUAGGUAAUUUUUUUUUGUUGAUCAUUAAAAAUCAAAAAGUGAGUUAUAACGAUUUUUGUUGAGUUUGUCAAUCUAUACGAUGAUUUAUACUCAUAAGUUUCUUUUUUUCAUUUUUUUUUUCAUUACAAUCUAGAAACGUUUCUAACAUCCAAUUUUUAACAUUUUAGAAAUUUUACUCUUAUUCCGAAUACGACAAACAUUAAAUAUACAUAACUACUUAAGAUUUUCUCGGUAUUUCGGUUAGAAUAUUGAUGAAAAAUCUUAAAACCAAAAUCUAUAAGAAUAAAUAUUGUCUAAAAAAAAACCAGAAAAAAAAAAUCGAAAUCUUCUCAAAAUAUUAAGAAUUCAUUGAUUUAAAAUAAGAAUCACUCUGUACAGCAGGUAUGUAGGUAUUGCCUUAAAAACGAUUUCGGUUUUCGGUUUAGAGAAAAAUUAUACGAUUUAUUUUCUACCGUUUUUUUUUAUACACACUAGGUGAAUCAUAUAUUUUAAUAUCCGCGGUAUUUGACGGGCGCAUUUGCAUUUCAGAACGUUUCUAACGCAUAUAAAUAUUUAAAUCCGAUCUCUAUAAUAAUAAUUGCUAUUGCACACGAGAUGAUAUUUUAUUACAUGGUACGGCUAUACUAUAAUGUAAUAUAUCCGUGUAUUUUACCGCAAUCGAUUCGAUCGGGACAUUAAUAAUGAUAAUAAUUAAAUAUGUACUGCGCCGGUGACGAGAUACUGGUGCAGUUACAGGCGAACAUAAUAUUAUUAAUGCAACCAUUUCGUUAGUAUAAUCGAAUAAUUCACAUAUGUGUCCCCUCUCUCGUACCCGUAAGUCUAAAUUUUUUCCACAAACGAUACGUAACUCAAUACAACCACGCUCAAAAACCAUGAGCCGGGGUUCUUGUGUGCCAUCUUCUAAGGAGUAGGUAUUAGGUAACUGAUGGGCCAAGAAAAUCAUGUCAAUGUGUGUAAAAGAACAUUUGCAUGUGCGCGUUAUACAUCGUAACGUAUUUGACGUUGUUUACAAACGGUCUUGAACUAAAAAUGUUUACUAAAAAAAAUGAGUUGGUACUUCGUUCGGUUGUAUAUGCUUAUGAAUUAUAGUUAUAUCAUAAAUGAACGGUCCAAGGUCCCAAACCUAGUUUACCCAAACCACGGUAACUGUCAAUAAAAAUUAUAUUAUGGUGUGAUUAUUAUCAGCCACCGUCUUAAAACAGUGUGCUAUCAACAAGGCGCGUUAUCAAUGAGCAUCUGUGCAUAAUAAACAAACGAUAUUUGUUUAUAAUCCUACAAACCACCCAGCAAACAAAUAUUUACAUAAUACGAACAAAAUAUUAUCAGGAACAUUUUAUAGUUGUAAAAAUAUUUUCGAUAGUUUGUUUAAUAAUAGUGUAAAUGUUAUCGAAAUAUUUUUUGCCCGAAUAGUUCAUGUUUGGAAAAUAUUUUAGAAUAACAUUCAUCAAACAUUUUAAUCUUAUGUUUCUAAAACGUUAAAUUUGUAUAAAUCAUGUAACAAAAUAUUUUAGUAUCGUAAGAAUAAAAUAUUUAUACAAUAUUAUUAGUAAAAUAUUUUUUAUUUAACCAUUUCUAAAUAUUUAUAAAAUAUUAUCAUUUUCCAAAUGCUGUGUAGGAAAUAACCUCUAGCUAAUUUGUACGCUUCCCUGUAAGAAUAAACUAAAUAAUCGAUGAGCAAUACUAACAAUAUCACAGUAAAAUCCUUGGAUUUGAUGCUCACUGCAAGCGGCGACUACAACUAUACGGACCGUGUAUUAUCGCUUGGCGCUAGUUACGAGCCAACAGAGAUUCGAUGGUUCGUCCUAUCAAAAUAAAUAGGAUAAUUACACCGCGUCUAGCCGCCACGUUGUUCUAUAAUUGAUACAAUGAUGGAAGGGUGUAUCACCGAGACAAUAUUAUUAUUAUUAUCGGUACACUCAGUAAACUGAUAAAUUAAACGCGUUAAAAACGAUAUUAUUGAAAAUUUCAGACCCAGAUAGUGUUAAUACCUAUAUGUGCUAUAAUAUGCACUUCAAGCGCGCGUGGGUCGACCGAGUGGGCGAAGAAUCGUGAAGCCAGCAAACAUGAAAACAAAAUAGUUACGAUGCAAUUUAUCCAUAAUAUAUGCAUAUGACGUCACCGACAACGGUAAUUUAUUGGUUUAUUCACUGACACUGAUCGCGUUUUUCGUUGACCUAUCUUAAUAUUCGUAUAAUGGAGAUAUCCGAAAACGAAACAUUUAUUAUCGUUCGUUGGGUAGUAAAAAUGUAUCUUUCAUCUGUUUGCAUUGGUUUUAUUAUACGGUGUGGUUUUAUGUCAUCUGCAAACGCGAUUUCGACCAGAGCACAUCAACCAAUCGAAAAACUUUUUAAGAUAAUUACGGAGCUUGUUGUUAUAAUAGGGAGGUAAUAUUAUUAAAAUUGUUCGUACAUUCCUUACAAUAAUUAUAGGAGAAAUUUACAGUUAUAUAGUAUAAUGUAUUAUAAUUAAUAUAAUAUAUAUAUUAUACAUCUUAUAAUCUAAUAUUUGGCCACCGAGGAAAAUAGACAAACAAUUAUUGCCGAAAAUCUUUAGGCCGGUGUAAAGAUACAUAGCAGUCAACAAGAGGGGGAGGGGAGGAAAUAGAAAAAAAAAAUUAGACCAAAGAUAACGUUUGAAGAAAAUAAUGUUUUAGAUAUCAUCACAAAAAAGAAUACUGUGACUAGACAUUCCUACAAAACACAAAACUCCAUCACCUUACUCUAUAAAUGUAGAUCAGAAUUAUUGCUGAAACAGAACCCAAUAGGGGAAAUAUAUUUGGAAAGUCCAAGGAAGAAGAGAGAGCGCUUAGUAAAAAAAGGACGUAAUAGCUUUAGAAGCUGGACCUAAUUGGACAAUUUUGGCGAUGGAGAAAGAGAUAGCUGGAGGACUGAUUUUGAGACGAGACGAUCUUAGAAAAUGAGAAUAAUUAUGUCUAAUAACGAACAAAUUCAACGUGUAUUUUAAACAUUUUGGAACUCAGAAAUUGGCUAUUAAAAAGCACCGCAAGAGUGUAAUAAACUCGUACCUACAUAAAUAGUUUAUUGUUUAUCGAAUCCUAUAGUUUUACGAUUACCUACGACCUACCCACGUCAAAACGGUAGAAAAUAUAAAAUGGGAUUUUUUUUUUUUUAAAUAUAUUAACAUUUGUAUACGAUACCAACUUACUAGCCACCAAGUCAACGUAUACAGAAAUACAUAAUAAAUGAUAUGUUAAAUAUGUUAUACGAGCCACAGAAUCGAAAAAAAAUACUCUUCGCCUACCUACAUGCAUACGUACGCAUAUCUAAAUUGAACAGCUAUGAAAUAUACAACUCGUACCUAAAUUUAUAAAAUAUAGAGUUUGUCGUCUAUGUCGGCUUUAUUUCAUCAAAACGAUAAAUUAUUUAAGUUUUAUAUUAUUUGUAUUGUAUAUGAUAUGAUGGUACUGAGACAGGUUUUAGAUAGUCAUAUUGAGUUUGAGAACACAAAGUUUUAGAAAAGACAUGUUUUGAAAUACAAAACUUUUAGAAUGCAGACUUUAAGGAAUAUUUAUUUUAUUUACUCCAAUUAAAUUGUAUUAAAAUGUAUUAAUUUACAAAUAAAAUAUAAUUAGAACUAUAAAACAAAUAAUUCAUAAUUAUUAUAGUUCAUAUCUAUUUACAAAAAUGAAAAUAAAAAUAGUAAUGAUUUCCAAUUAACAAUAGAUCUCAGGAUUCAUCUAAAUCAUAAUUUGAUUAAUUAACUAUUCUUUAAUAAAUUUGUAACUAGUUAUUAUUCUGUGUUUUUCUAAUUUUUUUCUAUUAUUUUCUUAAUCGUUAUUCUAUGCUAAUAGUUGGCAAUUGCAAUUAAAUCCAAAUUGAUAAUAAUAAAAAAAUAACACAGUAUUAAAUCCAAACAAAUAUUCUAAAACUCAGUUUUUCUAAAAGUUUUACAUUCUGAAGCGUAGCUUUUCUAAAAUAUGUCAUUUUAUGACUAGGUUUUCUAAAACAUGCACCCAAAUCAAUUAAUAUUAUGAUUAAUUUACUGUAGACUUUUUUUCUCUGAACUUUAAAAAAUUAUUAAAAAUCAAAAAUGAAAUGAAAAUAUAAAACUGAUUCGUCAAAAUUAUUUAAAGAAUAAACUCGAUAAAAUGGCUUCAAAAUCUCCAAACUUUUCGAAAAUAACAAAAUAAAAAGUUUUUGUUUUAUUUUUUUUUUUAUCAAAACAUACAAAUUUAAUUAAAAAAUAAAUUUUUGUAGUCCUUAUCCCUGAGAGUAAAUAAACAUAAUUUGACUAUCUUCACUAUCUUCGGAGAUAUUACAAUGGGUACCUAUAUCUUUCUGGGAUACGCUGCGUAUUUGAUAUCUAUUUUCAAAUGAUACAUUGAUAAAACUUCCCUAUUCCUUAUAAACUUCUCAAUUUGAAACUGUUAUUAGUUAUAUUUAUACGCCAUAAACAGCAAAUUUCAUAUAAACGUUAUGUAUACAAUUUAUAGAAAAAUAUUCUCAAUUCAAAUCUGUGUUUCAAAAAAGAGAACAGGCUUACUGCCAUUUAAAAAUCCAAAAUUUAUGCUUAUUUAAAGCAUAUGGAGUGGUGUAAAAAGUAUUAAAAUAAAGCUAAAACGAUUCCACGGUGCCUAAAAAAAAGAACAGAUAAAACCAUCACUUAAAAUCCUUGGAGAAAAUCGCAUGAAUAAUGGCAAAUUUAUUAUACUGAAUAGAGAUAACAAAUUAUUUGCAGCACAUUGGAAAUCUUUUUUUAUAUAUAGAUCCAUGUUAUACACUUACAAAAGCAAAAUAAAAUCAAUACCAUCGUUAUAAAGUUCUACUUAUUAUUGGAAUAAUAUUAUGAAAUGUAAACUUUCGAAACAAACCAAUAUUGGUAUUUGUUAAAUUAACAACGAUUUUUCGAAUUUUCGAUAUUAUUAACUAUAUAAAAUAAUAAUUAUAACUGCUGCAGUAAUAAAUAGUUCGAUAAAUGGCUGAUUAUACAUGAUUAUACAUAACUAAACAGUUUAAUGAAAACGUUUUUUUUUUUUUUUUUUAAGAUUUUAAACGUAAACCUAUAUCGGUGUUAUAAUAUCAGUAGAUAUUUUUUGGUUUUCUCGUAGAGUCUAUUUACAUGGGCAUUUUAAACAUUCUAUUCAAUUUAUAUUUGAUUUAAUAAAUAUACGGUUAUUGAAAAGAAAUUCAAAACUAAACCAUUAAUACAUUACAAUUUCACUAAUACAUAAUAUAGAUACAAAAUUUGCUCAUAUAUAUAUAUUUAUAUACACACACACAGAAUUGCGCAAGAUUUUAAAUGCAACGUUGCCAUAACGUAUUAGUUAUACGUGUUAACAUAUUAGUUAUACGACCACAGUGUAAGACACAACAACAGUUAAUGAAUACAUAAUUAUUUUACAUAUUUUAAGAUGGCCAUGGUUAUGAACGUUGAUAGUAAUUUUUUUUUUUAGAGUUAACAAUUUGUUAUCAUUUUUUCGAGUAUUUACUUUAAUAUGAAUAGUAUAGAAGUUUAGAGAACCAUUGUUAAGUAUUAAUACUAAUACUAAUAAUAAUAAUAAUAAAUAAAAAAAACAAAUAUAAUAGAUGUAUAUUAAAAGUUAUUUUAAAACAAUAGUUUUGGUCAGUUUGUUAGUAAAAUUCAAUAUUAAUAAUAAAUAUAUAACAGCUAUACAAUUAUAAAAAUAAUUAAAAUAUCUUAUAUAUUAUAAUGAUUUUCCCUGAUAUCUAGUGUCAGUUAGUGACAUAUAACGGAGUAAAUUAUCUUCAGAUUUACACGAUUUAUAUCUAUUAUUAUGCCCUUGCUUCAAUGCGUGCUGUCUCUAUAGGAGUCACCUAUUUCAUUUCGUCAUUAGAAACUGUGUUUUUUUUUUUUUUUUACUUCUGUUUCGGACUGCGUUUCUAAUAAGACAAUUAGUACUAAAUAUAUCGUGUAAGGUCUUCACACAGAACGCGGUUUGUAAUAUAUUAUGAUGUUAUACUGAUAUAUUUAUCUAAAUAUGGAAACGUUGCAUUUAAAAUCUUGCACAACCGUGUAUAUAUAUGAGAAAUUUGCUCAAUCGGGUACGUAUUUCGAUAGUUAUUGAGCAAAUUUCGCUCAAUCGUUCUUAACCGGUUAGAACAUUGCGGAAUGAAAAAGUUGUAUUCGAAUUUUAAAAUUAAAUAUUUUCGUUUUAUGGGUUUUUGUAAUAAUUGAUAUCACCCAAUAAAUUAAUUAAUGUAUAGAUAAAUACAACAAUAACCAUAUGGCUUAUGAAAUAAAAAAAUUACACUAUUUAAAAAUAAAAUAAAAAUAAGUAGUUACAGCAAGGAUAUUGGUCAUAGGUAGCGAACUCUACCUAACUUAUUUUUAUACGAAGUAAAAUAAACAGUUAGUUGAAUACCGUUCACGGGAAAGUCUAUGGCAUUAACGGAUUAAUUAUUUUUGAUUUUGAUUUUUUUUUUUUCUAAAUUGAUUUAAAAUAAUAUUAAGAAUCUGAAAUUUUCACAGAAUACUAAUAUAAGUUUUUUUAAAAAUUAUGAUUUAAAACCAUUCUGGUCAUUGUUGAGCUAUUUAUAAAUAUUUGAUAUUUUCGAGUUUUUUAUUAUUUUAAUGUAGAUACAAAUUGUAAAGCCAAAAGUAAUUCUUUACAAUAUUUAACACGAAGUUUGUUAUAAGUUAAACUAAGCAGUAAAACAAGUUGAGUUUUUUAUAAGCGUUUUAAGAUGAAAUGUUGACGAAAAUCAUAAAAAAUUAUGACAUGUCAAAAUAUAUUUAAUUGAACUACACCAUACAUGCACGCAUACUCGAAAAGUUGUGGAUAGUAUACAAAUAUUUUGCUCGUUCCGUGAUAUUAUAAACGAAAAGAAGGAGCCUUCAUGAUGGUAGUCUUAUUUUUAAAAGUGCAUAACACGAUAGUUUCGAUGGUUUCCGUUAUCAAUCGAUGGUUAAAAGUAAAAAAAAAAAAAAAAAUAGAAAAAUUUAAACCAUUGUUGUAGGUUGAAAGUUUAAUUUAGUUCCAUUGUAAACGAAAACAAUUUUAAGCGAAACUCGGUAUUCUGAUAAGGUUAUUGGUAUUAGUAUAAUUUUUGGUGUUAGGUUUGUAUUAGUCGAGUAGUUCUCCCUAGUAGACUAAGUAACCCAGACACCAAUAAAAAUAAAUACAUGUAGCAUAAAUUGACUUUGAAAAAAUAUUAAGGGUCUAGAAACAUUGUUCAAAUAAAGAAUAUUAUCGGUCGAAAAAUCAGAAUCUUAAAAGUAAUAAAGUACGAAAAAACCUGGCCAUUUUUACUAAUCAUAAAAGUUUUUUUCUUAAACGCAUUCUAGUGAAACUAAUAUUACUGGUUCUUCGCUACAUUCAGAUUCUAAAAGAGUUGGGCAGGUUAAAGGAUUAUAAAAUGGUUUAAUUUACACUGGUACGCAAUGUAAACUUUUUCCAAGUUUUUCCAAAAAAAAAAAAAAAUAAAAAAAAAUACUAAUCAUUCGAAUGCAUAAACUACAAUUAAAAUUCAACGAAAAGUGUCUCUUAUUAUUUUUCGACUGGAUCGAGAUUUCUGGAAGAAAAGUCGUUCAUAUAUAAUGUCAAUAUACCGCCAUAGUAUUUAUAUCGCGACAAAGUACGAGAGAAUAUUUGGCGACUUAAGAAAGUUACAACUACAUGAAAUAAUAUGAAAUCGACCUAUAUAUUAUAUAUAUGUAUAUAUAAAAAAUUAUAUUAUACCUAGUAUUCGAUGUUCGAUUGCAUUUUUUCCAUGAAACGGUUAUUACUCGUCAUAUGCGUUCAUGUAAUAACGCACGCGAAUAAUAUUAAGUCAUCUAUGGGCGAAUAAACUGUAUAAAGUACCAUAUAUUAUUUGUACUUUUGAUUAUUAAAAAAAAAAAAUGUACGGUGUAAAUAUUGAAAUACAAAACGUGCGCUGAAUACGUACGUAAAAAAAUAUACUCACGUGCAUAUAAACAUAAUAUUAUUAUACUAUUUGUUCCAUCUAUAUACGCAAAAUGCAAUAGUUUACUCCGAUCUGGAUAUUUUUUCAACACUGCAUGUUGCAGCUGUUUAACCACAUCGAUUAGUUUUACUAAUAAAAACAUCGAUAGCUAAAAUCAAAGCGUGCAGAAAAUAAAUCGCAAAACCGUCGUAUAAUUUUGUCGAGUAUUCUUAUAAUAUAUUAUCAGCAUAUGGCAUCGGCAUAACAAAACAAGAAUUAAAAAUAAGAUACAAUAGAAUGAAAUAACUAGGUAAAUUAGAUAAACAAUUAAUAAUAUAAACUAAACAAGUAAAUACGUACAUUUUUUGUAUUCUUUUUAAAAAUCGUGGUAACGAUGACUUAUAGUCGGACAUCCAAGUUGAUAAACCAUUCAGUCGUUGCAGUUCCACAUAGGUGGAUUCGAGUUUGGUUUGCUGUUUGGGAUAGGUUUUGAAAAAAUUGUAUCGACCGACGGUUUUUUGUGAUAAAAGAUAUUUAUAGACGAUAAUAGAUCGGUUGAGUCUAUAUUGUACUAAGAUAUUUCUAAGAUAUCAAUCUCGUAAUGCCCGCUGAUUGGUUGGCCUAUAGUUUAUAUCUAAGGACCGUCAUAUUUCACCUCAUAUAAUACGUCAUAAUGUCCAUAAUGGAUAUCGGUUAUCAGGCGGUCCUGAAUCUGCUGGCCCAAUCGCACGAUUAUAAAUACUAUAUUGCUCAUUGACCUAUGAUAAAGUGUCCACCUACACCAACAUUUAUUUAAAGUAAUACUGCGUCAAUUUAUGGAACUUUGAAUAUAGGUUCUCAUUUGAAAAACUAAAGUUUGUAUCACCACAGGAUACUCCUUAAAUGUUGUGAAAAAUCUAAGUAUUCGAAAAUAUCGGAUUUAACCACACUUAUAAAAAUUCCGAAAAUCAGAAUUUGAAUAUAUUAUGCAAAAUUUAAGUAAAAAAAAAGAAAAAAAAAAGAUGAGCACGCUUAGUGAAUCAUCCCGUAUAAUGUAUAUAAUUUAUUAUUACACAUUAAAUUACCACUUAGUUCUAUGAUAAUAUACCUAUUAACAUUUUAAAGUUUCUCGCAACAAAUAACUACAUUUUUUGUACAAUUAAUAAAAUUUGUUUCAUCAUAUAAUAUCAUCAAGAUACGUCACCUACGUCAUUAAUUCACUACAAUAUGAUAAUUUUUCUGAAUACCUAAAUAAAAUAGCGGUCCAUUUAAUAGUAAUAAUUAGCUGUAGUGUUGACCACGCUGAGUACAUAACGUCAUAUAACAUCUCUCUCCGUUGACAUUUCGAAAUGAAAUUAUUAAAAUAAACAUUUAGUCACUUUUAGCGAUUCUUUUGUAAAAUAAUUAAAAACAAAUCAGCUUUUCCUUUGGAUAUUUCAAAAUAGAUUUACAAUAUUAUAUAGAUCUAUUUAGUCAAAUGACAAACGGAUUUAUUUCCAUCUAUCGCCUAGCUAUAACUCAAAAGUAAAUUUAUGAAUCUGAAAGUGGCAGAGGAAUGCUCUUCAUCAUAUUGACAUCGACACCACUUCAACGGAUUUUUUUUUUUUUAAUGAAACCACUGUGAAAUUACACAUUUAAAAUAAAACCAACACGUCAUAAAGUCCUAGAGAACGAAUGGACGAGAAUGUUGUAAUAUUAUUUUGCUGACCUAGUGACCCGACGAGAUGUUCAAAACAAUAUAAACCGUUUCGACGUUCUGCGAAUAAAAUAAGAAGAGCUCGUGUGUUUCAUAUAAUAUUAUUCAACGACAAUGAUAAUAUUUACAAUAAAUCCAGUAAUAUAAUGAACAGUUUGGUUCAUUCAAAUAAGUAACAUGAGAUAUGGAUUUGGAUUGAAAUGAAGCUUAUUUUAUAAGAAAUAUCGAGGGUACCAAAAUUCACAUUUUAAAACUCUUCUCGACAUUUUAACCCCCGCAUUCCGCACACAUGCGAAAUAAAAACAUUCAGUUUUAUUACAUUUUUAACGCCAGAAUCGAUAGUCCGACUCAGUUUUUUUCAAGUAACUUUGACGAAUUAAAUGUAUGAUGAAGUCAUCCAUAAUUUAAUUAGAAAAGAUGUUUGUUUUUUUUUGAUAUUACAAACAAUUUAAACGUAAACAAAUUUGACAAUCGUUUUAUAAAAUAAAAAAUGAUAAUGAAUAAAUAUAGAUAUAACUUUCGAAUUACACAUAUAUAAUAAUAGCAAUGUACGUUUUACAAUUUUCGAAUAAUUUAAGUAGGUAUGAGAUAAAAUCAUACAUUUUCAAUGCACUUUUACUAACGGUUAUACCAAAGAGAAAUUUCGAGAUAAAAAAAUAUAGAAUUAUUCGAAUCUGGUGUUAAAAAUCUAAGUGUUAUUGUACACCGAGAGUGUAAAAAUUUUGAAAAUAUGUAGUAUAUGUAUAUGGAAGUUUCGAAAUCCCUAAAAAAAAAAAACACCUUAUUUAAAUAUAAGCUUAUUUGAUUGAAAUAUUUCGAGUUAAACUAUUUGAGUGAAACACUCUGUUGUUUCAGUAAAUUGAGUAUAAGUUAGAGCAGUACUCGUAUAUGGUUUACACCGGGAGACAGAUUAAGUUUCCGUGCAGUGUUAUACCAGGACUUUGAUUUUCAGAGUGAGCUUUUUUUACCUAUAUGAAGUUUACAAUAUUCGGAACACCUACAAUCUACAAAACAAAAGUCUUAUUUAUUAAGAGGGUUUAAGGAGACCACUUUUUCAUGGAUAAUAUUUUGAUCAAAAUACGUAGGAGUAUUCUUCAUAAAGUGUAGUGUCAAUUUGAUAAAAUGUGAUAGAUAACAAUUAUUUUUUGUUUGGUAUCGUAGAUGUCUCUCUUGUUUCAAAAUUUAGAAAAUUCAAAAAUAAUUAAUUGUAUUGUAUAAUGUAUAUAUUACUAUGUACAAUAUAGUAUUAUUAGUCUUAUUUUUUAGUACGCACUUCUCAAAUCUGUAAUUACACAUACUGGGAAGGUACUUUAAACAAGUAAUUUUUUGAUUUUCCCAGAAUUUUUUACAAUAAAUGGGAAAAAUCAGGAAAAAACAAGGUAAAAUUGGUAAAAUAUUAAACAAAUAUUAUUAAAGAAAAUAUAUAACUCUUAUUUAAUUAGUUUAUCAUAAUAUGACAUAUAUAUUUUUGAUAAAGCAUAAAUAUCAACUGAACUGCGCUCAGAAGCGUUAUUUCGUUAGUAAUGGUUUAUCGUUGUUUACAGAUAUACAUCCGUCUUCAUUAUCCUAGGACGUCUUUUUUAGAGUUUAUAUUAUUUUGGAAAUGUUGACGUUACAAUUUUUUAUUUUCGUGAUUUUUAAUAAUUUUUCAAAGUUUAGAGAAAAAAGUGUACAGUCAAUUAUCAAUAACAAUAAUAAUAAUAAUAAUAAUAGUCAAUUAGCAAUUACAGCCUGAUGCAUAAGUAUGGCAAUUGGAUGAAUAAAUAAUAUAACAUUAUUUUUGUUAUUAUAGCAAAUUAUUAACUGUACAAUUACUUUGAACUUUAAAAUACUUAUUAAAAAUCACGAAUUCGAUGAAAAUACAACGGUCAGACAUCAAAAUUUUUAGAAGAAUAAACAAUAUAAAAUGACUAUCUAUAAAUUGUUCAAAGGUUAUUUUUUAAAUUUUUUUAUUAGAAGAUAAAAUUUGAAUUUAAAUAUAAAUAUUUGUAACUCUUAUUCGUGUGAGUAACGAAAAUUAAAAUUUGAUUAUCAUUAUUAUCUUAGAAUAUAUUGUGUGGUGUUGAAAACAUACUCAUCUUCUUGAAACACCCUGUAUAGUGUUCUGGAAAUUGAAUGGAAAACAUUAUAUAAUGCGGUUGGACUACAUUCAGUCUUUGCUUUCAACCACCGCCUUUCUCAACAUGGGGUCAACAGCUCUUAUUCUCGCCCUCCACAUCAGCUCCCUAUCCGUCACGACUGUUUCUUCGUCUAGCCCUGUAGUUCUGUACAUAAUACAAUGUCUCACAUCCCUCUUAUAUGAAACAAUAAUAAAUCGUAUACUCAUAUAUCCAAGCAUAUAUAUAGGCACCUCCCGUCGUUUUCCGGUCAUUAAAUAUCGUUAGAGUUGAUUGAUAAACUUCGCGAUCGUCGGCGAUUUAGAUUUAUAGUAUUCGAAAAUCAUGCGUGGUUUUGCGAUGGGGAGUAAAUCAAAUCAUCGCGAUCGGUAGAAAAAUUCGAAAGACUACCGGAAAAUAUAAGUACGUCGAUAGUUUUUAAGGACAUUUUUUUUCGAUAGGGAGGGGGGGAAAUCAUUUAUUUUAUUUCGUUCCUUUUUUAAUUAUUUGAAACUUUUAUACGCAGAACCACAUUUACAAUAACCCACGAAUCGACUAACUACAAACAAUGGAACUACACGGUCGUGUACAAAGAAUACUUGUCUCAACUUCCGUUCGUGACCAACACGAUUGUUGGCGAUUUCGUGAUAGACAAACUGCAAUCGCGAUCCAAACAUCGCACAAUCAAAUCGACUCAUCGGACGUGUUUCGCAAAGAUUUACUGCCGUGAGUAAUGUAUCUACCUACAUACUUAAUUACUGUUCAUUAAAAUUAGAGUACGGAUAUCGAAGUACUAAACAAAAUAAGUAUAUAGACUAUUAUUAGUUAGAAAUAAGUAAUAUAUUAUAUGAGAGAUAUUGAUAAGAAAUUUAGAAAUAUAAGAAGAAAAUGACUGAUAGUAGUUUAGUUAUUAUUUCUAAACAUAAUAUACUUAACGAUUUAAAAAGAUUUAUCUAAAUAUUUCUCAUGAAUGAUUUAAUUGUUUGUAUUAGAUAACAGCUUUGAUAACUUAUUUAUCUCGUUUCUCUAGAUAAGAUAAAAGUGGACAUGUGAAGUUGAAUGAUUUCGAAACUUUUCGUGAAGUUGAAAAGUUUGAAGGCUGUUGAAAUGAAAAAAUUUAAAACAUUCACUUUUCUUCUAUUAAUUACAAUUUUUACUAUUACAAAAAAAAAAAAAAAAUAAAUUUCAAAUACUAUGUAAACUGAUUAAUAUUUUAUGAAAUCCGUAAACAAAUAAAUAUGAAUGUCUACAAGAGUAGAAUUAAAAGUUUGCAUAAAAUGUUUCAUGGACCGAUAAAUUUAAAAUUUUAGUUCUCUGGCAUUAAAGAUAAAUGUAUAAUUGUUAUCAAGAUAAAACACAAUAUUUCAUGUUUUAAUAUUGUAUUAAUAUGACGCUCGUCCGUUAAGAAUUUCGUGGUUUUUUUUCUACAGUGAAUACUAAAUCGGAAAUGAUAUUCCUGGAGAAUCCGAACGGCACCAAAAUUGUGGAGGAAAUCAAAUACGAAUGCCCGUGGCUGUUGACCAGGUUUUGCAAGAACGAAGUCACGUACCAGAGGGAAAAAAUAUUCGGACAUCUCCGGACCGUGUUCGUGCAUACAAAACGUUAG